AAUGUGAGGCUUUGACCUGGGACGUUUCCGGACUAGGAGAGUUUUAUCGGGAUUAUCUAGUCACUGAAAAUCCUGUUUACUGAGGGCAUUCUAUGGGCAGGUCAUCAUUCUGGGACAAGUGAGAGCUGGCGGUUUGGGUUAGUUAGGGUAGUGGAUAUGGGACUCAGGAAAGUAAAAUGACACGACUUGGGGAUUAUUUGGUUGAGAUGACUGUUACUCCAAUUUACACGCCCUAUAACCCCUGCCCCCCUUUCCACCGCAGGAUCCCAUCCAGCUUCAACAAAAAUCUCACGUCUUGCAAAUUGGGAAAUGGUGAAGGGGUGGCUGGGGCCGACCUGUGGUUUGUCCAAGGCCACGUAGUGGAACUGAGUCGUCCUGGCUCCCAAAGGGCACUUUUCCGUUUUCUAAAAAGUGUGCUUAUAUUUGCAGUGUGUUUUUGUUUUUGUUUUUCACAAUAAGCAAAAUUUUAUAGUACGUUUGUAUUUGAACACAGAGAGAAACCCGAGAAACCCCAUUACUGGAGCAACAGCGUGCCGGCAGUGACGUCUGCUCCGCCCCAUCCCGCCGACUCCGGCGUAGCUCCGCCCCCAGGGAUCCAGGAACUCUGCGCCCAGCCGAAUCGUCGGAAAAACCCGGAGUGGCAAAUCCGGGCGCGGCCCUGGGCGCUGGAGUUUCAGAGCUUGCGCAGAAGGCGUCCGAGGCGCAUGCUCCUUGGCGGUCCCGGACCCCGCGGUCUGGCUACCGCGCUGGCCUCCCUGGCCCACGGAAUUCCGGGCCGGCUGCGGACAUGGCGGCCAGCCUGUGGAUGGGCGAUCAUCGCGUGGCCAAACCCGCGUGGGCUCUGGAACCCAGACUGAGGAGCCUGCUUGCUGGCUGGCCUGAAUCGCUCUGCUCUUGUAUUUACGCAGCUGGAGCCCUACAUGGAUGAGAAUUUCAUCUCCAGAGCCUUUGCCACCAUGGGGGAGACCGUAAUGAGCGUCAAAAUUAUCCGAAACCGCCUCACUGGAAUCCCAGCUGGCUACUGUUUUGUAGAAUUCGCAGAUUUGGCCACAGCCGAGAAGUGUUUGCAUAAAAUUAAUGGGAAACCCCUUCCCGGAGCCACACCUGCAAAACGUUUUAAACUGAACUAUGCCACUUAUGGGAAACAACCAGAUAACAGCCCUGAGUACUCCCUGUUUGUGGGGGACCUGACCCCAGACGUGGAUGACGGCAUGCUGUAUGAAUUCUUCGUCAAAGUCUACCCCUCCUGUCGGGGAGGCAAGGUGGUUUUGGACCAGACAGGCGUGUCUAAGGGCUAUGGUUUUGUGAAAUUCACAGAUGAACUGGAACAGAAGCGAGCUCUGACUGAGUGCCAGGGAGCAGUCGGCUUAGGGUCUAAACCAGUUCGGCUGAGUGUGGCAAUCCCCAAAGCGAGCCGCGUGAAGCCAGUGGAAUAUAGUCAGAUGUACAGUUACAGCUACAACCAGUAUUACCAGCAGUACCAGAACUACUACGCCCAGUGGGGCUAUGACCAGAACACAGGCAGCUACAGCUACAGCUACCCCCAGUAUGGCUACACACAGAGCACCAUGCAGACAUACGAAGAAGUCGGGGACGACGCAUUGGAAGCUUAUGAGGCUUCCAGUUUCUCCACAUCCUCACCAGUGAUUGUUACUCUUUUUCAUUACAGCCACACUGACCCCAUGCCGCAGUUGGAUGUGACGGAGGCCAACAAGGAGUUCAUGGAGCAGAGUGAGGAGCUGUAUGAUGCACUCAUGGACUGUCACUGGCAGCCCCUGGACACAGUCUCUUCAGAGAUCCCUGCCAUGAUGUAGUCAGGACAAAGGACAAACAGAAACGGACUGUGAUGGAGAUAAGAGACUCCUUUUUAACGAAAGUAUUGGAAGAACUUUUACCUUUUUGGAAACGUUUUGUAAGAUUUUAGUAACCAACUAUUCUGAUUAUGACUCUUCUUGCACCACCACUCCCUUCGACAGCCUUUUGAGUUUGAAAACCAAGGUGCCGUUAAACAAGGUUUUCCAAUUUGUCUUUGAACAAUUGUUCCAGGUAGGGUUAUGUACACUCUUGGAGGGAAGAAUUUGGAGUCAUUAAUGAAGUGGAGCGUAGGAUUUAUUCAACCCAGGAGCCUUUUUCCGGUGACACUAUAUCCUUACCCCCUGUGAAGUCAGAAUGCAUGAAUUACCUGCUGUUAUGCCAAAUGAUGGGCAACGUUGAUCUUCCAUUUCAAGUACCCUUUGUCCCCAUCCCCCACGCUUAAGUUUCGUGGCUAGGGCAGAUUGAAGUUCCUUAGACAUUCCAGCUGGGAAAGAAGCUGUGUGGCCUGUGUGGUAGGAAGUCAUGGAGCCAGCUACAUCUAGACUAAAAGGCUCAAGAGUUAGGGCAUGCUCCAAGGGCAGGUCUGACUUUGAGGUUUAAGCCAUGGUUGAACAUUACUGACAUCUGUGUGCCUAGCUGGUUCCUUUUUUUUAACUUUCUAUAUAUUUUUAAUAAUUUACAUCCACCUGGCCUGUUUCUUUACCUUAAUUUCAUUUAACAGAUGUGAGUCCUCUUACACAGAUCUCCAGCACCCAUGUGGAAGUCUGGUUUUAUACUAAAAAUCUCCCAUUUUAUUCCUA